AUGAAUAAGGCCAGCAUACUCCACACUAACACAAACAUUAAAAUCACCUUGUUCUCUGAAAUGAGUGUUGGGAUCUCAGCCAACAGCAUCCUUUUCGUCUUCCAUCUCUACAUGCUCAUUGGUGCGCACAGGCCUAAACCCAUUGAUCUCGCCAUUGGUUUCUUGACCCUGACCCAACUACUGAUGCUGCUAACUAUGGGACUCAUAGCUGCAGACAUGUUUAUGUCUCAGGGGAGGUGGGACCCCACCACAUGCCAAUCUCUUAUCUAUGUGCACAGGUUCUCGAGGGGCCUCUCCCUUUGUGCUGCCUGUCUGCUGAAUGUCCUCUGGACCAUCAUCCUCAGCCCUAGAAGCUGCUGUUUACACAAGUUUAAACAUAAAUCUCUCCAUCACAUCUCCUGUGCCCUUUUUCUUUGUGUUCUCUACAUGUCUUUUAGCAGUUACCUCUUGGUAUCAAAUAGCGCCGUCUCCAAUUCGACCUCAGAUAAUUUUAUGUAUGUUACUCAGUCUUGCUCACUUCUACUCCUGAGUUACUCCAGACAAAGCACAUUUUCCACAUUGUUUUUCUUCAGGGAAGCCUUUCUUAUCAGUCUCAUGGUCCUCUCCAGUGGGUACAUGGUGGCUCUCUUGUACAGACACAUGAAGCAGGCCUGGCAUCUUCACAGCACCAGCCUGUCUCCAAAAGCAUCUCUAGAGCAAAGGGCCACCCGGACCAUCCUGCUGCUCAUGAGCUUCUUUGUGUUUCUCUGCAUUUUGGAGACUGUUAUCUUGCAAUCAAGAAUGAAGUUCAAAGAUGGCUUACUAUUCUACUUUAUUCAUAUUCUUGUGUCCCAUAGCUAUGCCACAGUCAGUCCCCUUGUGUUUAUUUGCACUGAAAAGCAUAUAAUUAAGUUUUUGAGGUCAGUGUGGGACAGGAAAGUAAAUACGUGA